AGACAGACGGUUGGACACUUGGCCUGGCCAUGGGGCUCAGUGGGGGACAGUCUCGGCUGCUGAUGCCGCUGUUGCUGCUGCUGACCCGCCUCCAGCCCAGGGCAGGCCUGGAGCACAUCAGCUAUGUGCCCCAGCUCUCAAAUGCCACUCUGGCGGGGACAGUCACUCAGUCCACCUUCACCCUGGAGCAGCCGCGGGGCCAGUUCAGUCACCUCAACAUCUCCGACUUUGACGCCAUCUGGCUGGUGGUGGCCCACAGUGAUGCCACCCAGAACUUCACUGCCCCACAGAGGGUGAAGGACAGCCCGGUCCCCGCCGACUUCCCCCAGGAGGGCUACUACCUCACGCUGACGGCCAAGCGGGCACUCUACCCGGGCGGCCAGCCCGGCAACCAGCUCCGGGUCCUCCGCGUCGGCAACAACACACACUGUUCUCCGAGGACGAGGGGCUGCAACCACCCCCUGCCGGGCCCGGGCCCCUACCAAGUGAAGUUCCUGGUGAUGAGUGACAGGGGACCAGUGGCUGACACAGAGUGGUCCAGUGAGACCCACCUGCAGCAAGCCCAGGCCCUCCAGGCUGCCCCAGGGCCCCAGAGCACGGGCACUGUGGUCAUCAUUACCAUCCUGUCAGUCCUGCUGGCCAUCCUCCUCACCGCCCUCCUGGCCCUGCUCAUCUACACCUGCUACAACACCUGUGGGAGCAUGCCCAUUUCGGGCCCAGGGGAGUCAGUGGGUGUGAGAAGAUAUAACACCCACCAUAUGUUCAGCCCUCCAGCCGUGGGGGGCUCCUGA